GGCCGGCGCCGCUCGCCCGCGAUCCGUUCGCCGGCCUGCCGGUCAGCAAUCCGCGGAGUCGUCUCACCUACCGCAACUACUACUGCGCCAUGUGCCACGGCGACGCGGCCGGGGCCGUGUUCUGGCAGCCCAGGGUCGAGUGUCCGACGCUGACCGCGCGUGUGCGCAGUGAGCUGAACGUGACCGAGCACUUCGCCAUGGAGAACCUCCAGCGGAACGCGCAGGGCGAGUGGGGCGUGCCGCUGGGCGAGGGCGCGCGCGAGACGUUCCACGUGUGCGAGAUCGACCCGUUCUUCGGCGAGACGGUGGAGUUCUUCGUGCGCCGGUGCCGCGUCAGCGUGGACACGUGCGCGGCCAACUGGACCGGCGACCAGGAGGUGGCCGCGCUCUGCGCCGCCUACAACGCCUACGUGUACGACUUCGACAACAGCGUGUACCGGAACCCGCACUGCGCGCUCUGCAAUCACGUGCCGGCCGAGCAGCAGUUCUGUGUGAGACGGCCAAUGUUCCGCGCCUCCUUCGGCAACACGUUCAACACGCGAUCCUUCUCGAUCCUGCUGGACAUCGGCGACCGCUCAGGCAGCGAGGACGUUGGCGCCGUCAGCGUCUGCUCCAGCAAUCAGCUCUGGGAUCCCUUCUUCAGGAAGUGCCGCGGCGUGGUGUGCGACGCCGCCGGCUACCAGCUGCAGGACGGCGCGUGCGUCCGGGAUGAGGCGAGCACCGGCGCCGGCGCCGCCACCAAUGGCUCGGACUUCACCCGGCAGAUCACCAACGACACGACGGCCACGUCGUUCCUGCUCUGCCCCAAGUACUACCUGAAUGCGUCAGAGUACGAGGUCGCCGAGAACGACACCAUCUACGUGCCGCUGUACGACCGGACGUACCGGGCCGGCGAGUACGAGCUGCGCGAGGGCGAGCUGGUGGUCUGCGCGGUCAGCAGCGAUCUCAGCAAGUUUGACCUUGUGCUCUCGUACAUCUCGCUGGUGUGCUUGGCCGCCUCGGUGCUGUGCCUGGCGCUGCACCUGGUCGCCUUCUGCCUGGUGGCGGAGAUCAGGAAUCUGUCCGGCCGCAACCUGGCCUCGCUUAGCGUCUGCCUGCUGGUCGGCUACCUCUGCUUCCUGGCGCUGGCGACGCAGGAGCCGGGCAGCGCCGGCUGCACCGCGCUCGCCGUCGUCAUGUUCGCCGCCUUCGUCGCGUCCUUCUUCUGGAUGAACGUCAUGGCCUUCGACGUCUUCACAACGCUCAGGAAGGCGACUACAGAGCUGCGGGUCCGCAGUGGCCAGCACAUGCGCCGAUACGUCCUCUACAGCCUCUACGUCUGGGCCAUGACCACGGCCGUGGUGGUGGCGGCCGUGCUCGCCGAGAACUCGGCGGCGAUCCCCGACGCCUACCGGCCGGGCUUUGGAGACAGAGUUUGCUGGUUCAGCCGACGGAAGGCGCUGAUGGCCUUCUUCGCAGCGCCCCUGGCGGCCGUCAUGGGAGUCAACGUGGUGAUGUUCGUCGCCAGCGCACAUAUGAUCCGAUCGACGACCAAGUCCACGGCACAUAUGACGUGUGGCCCCUCCCAGGUGAACCUGCGCCUGUACUCGCGACUGGCCGUCAUCAUGGGCCUUUCGUGGGUGGUGGGCCUGGCCGCCGGUUGGCUCGACUUCCCGCCGCUAUGGUACGUCUUCGUCGUGCUCAACACCCUGCAGGGCGUCUUCAUCUUCUGCUCGUUCACGAUGGCGGACAAGGUGCGGGACCGGGUGCGGCGGCGCGCCAGCAGCUGGGUGUCGGCCCCCAGCUCGCGGGGUCUCGCCUCCGACUCCCACGUGAACACCGACUCCAGUGGCCUCUCCGUCACCAAGACCAGGCUGUAGGGCCGGCCGGCAGGACACGGCUCCACGCACGCCGAUGGCUGAGGAUGAACUCCUCAUGAUGGACUUCAGCGGACUCAUGAUGAACUCCAAUGGACUCAUAAUUAACCCCAGCUGACUCAUGAUGGGGUCCAGUGAGUUCGUGAUGGAGUCCAGUGGACUCACGAUGGACUCCAACUGCCUGAGAGUCACAACAACCCAGGGAGUAACCCUUUUGCCUGGGCGCGCGUUGCCAACAUGGUCAAGUGCGUACAGCGGGUCUCUGGAUUGGCCGUCCCUGUCAGCCCGACAACUGAGAGGAAAAGCGCUCAACCGGCAGCACCGAACACAUGCGCCGCGAAACACACGGCGUUUGACAACAGCCGGCUGCCGGGAUGCAUCGGCGAUGGGCUGUGUCCGUACGCGGUCAGGGACGGUGACACGGGUGCCACGGGCCUUUUGACAGGGAGAGGUGGUUGAGGCCCUUCCAGCAUCACAGGCUCCGUGCUGCCGACCGAGAGGAACGCUUGUUACCUCCCCGGGUCUCCACUGGCGCUCCCUCCCCCUCAUUGCCGUCGAGUGUACAGGUCACGGAAUACCCGGGGGAUAUUUUGAUGACAGCUGUGAAGCUCUGCAUUAGUCAUCUGUAGAGCGUGACGUGAUGUGACGUGACGUUACGGGGUCGGACGUGACGUGUCGUGACGGGUAGGUGCUAGAAAAAGCUUCCGUGUUUUAAUGACUGCGCUGUAUACUCUUAAGCGAGUCCUUGCGGAGGUCUGUGGCAAAGUUCACCCGUUCUGCUGUGAGUUGUAUCUGAAACACUGGGAAGCUGAACUCAGGGGACGCUGUUUUUGCUUGUGUGCGUGAAACAAAUAUGCGGUGAGAAUGAUAGCUACCCCGCAGUACCUUCAUCUGUUGCUCUGGCUGCAAACUUUACCGAAUACGGAAUCAAAAACGUUUGCGUGGAACCAAAUCCCAUCAUUUUAUUGCAUGUAUAAGGUCGAUGUUGCCGCCAGUUUUCUGAUCUACAACAUGAUGUCUUUUGUGUGAAUAUUGUGCGUUAUCACUGCUGCAUAGCGUUCUAAGCCCCAGUAACUGCACAAAUGGAAGUAGUUAGAGCUUGCAAGUGUCGAGCAAUCGUGGAGACAAUAGAACAGACUAGGUGUAAUCGUAAAGCUUUCUUCAGACGAGUUGUCUGGGUUAUUGUGCGUCUUGUGCGUCGGACAUAUGCAGCUGCAUUAUAGUCGCGAGCUGUAUUGUAAUAUACCGUCGUAUGCUCUGAUGUAGCUGUAGUAUGUGGUAGGAUGUAGUAGCCGGUAUUGCAUGAGCAGGGUCUUCUGCCUCCCUGAACAUGGGAUGGGA